GCUAUGUGUCCUGCAUCUUAUGGGUAUGUGAGAUACACGGAACUAACGAGCGCCGGAUACAGUGCGCGGGGGAAACUUAUUGAGAGGGACACGGUAGAACAGGGGGGCGGAUUUUUUAGUGGGACUAGAACGAAAGGUUGCAUCCCAGGUGGGCGUACAGAGCUGUCAGAGGUUUCCGAGUUUCCGAGGCUGAAGAGUGAAGAGCGUGAGUGUGAAGAGGAGAGCGCAGCGCAGUGCAUACAAGUUACAAUGGCUGAAUGUGAAGUACAAACUGCAGAAGUCCCUUCUCUUAUAAAAGAGGAAGCAGUUCAGAGGCCAGUUACGACCCAGCAGAAGCAAUUACCGCGCUUGUGCAGAUUUUACUCCCAGGGCCGCUAUUGCCAGUUUGGCCGAAGAUGUCGAUUUCUACACCAACGUUUAGAUGCCAGUGCCCUUGAGAAAAAUAUUAAGCCAGCAUUACAGUGUGCAACAGCGGAGGAAAGUGGUGUUGCAGAAGUGCCUGCGGCUCAGAGCAACUCUGAGUUGAAUCCACUCCAAUACAAAAAUCACCCUGAAACAACAAACAGGCAGUAUCGAAACAGAAGGCCAUGUCGUUACUUUGUUUCUGGAUACUGUUCCAUGGAGGGAAACUGCAGGUUUUGGCACCCAGAGAAGCUCCCUUCAGUACGUGAUGAUCACUCUGGAAACAAGAAACCAUCUGUAAGGAAUAAGGUGGUGCCGCAGGCAGUAGUUCCAGAAGAAAUCAGAGCUGCAAAUCUGACUGCAGAAAUGGCGGCACAACUUAGAACCACGGAAAUAUCUCAGCUACUGAAGAGGUUUCCUAAGGAUAAAGUGAUCAUUCAGGAGAGAGAGGAUGGAAAGGUUACCUAUUACAGGGUUACUGUGGAGCCUACAGAUCCAGACUGGCCUUUUGACCUAAAAGAGAUUGAAAUCUUGCUGGAGUUCCCAGAGGAUUAUCCCUUGCAGGUUUUCACAAUACUGAUUCCAGAGGAUCAAGGUUUACCCUCCAUUAUGGGCAGGCAUGUUUGUGAAGCCUCUAAGGAGUGGAUAGAAGCAAAGCAUGCCACCAAUCAGCUCAUUGGGAAGGUGGAGCUUUUAUUCCGACCUUUUCUACACUGGCUAGAUCGUAACAUGGAGCGACUGUUUACAGAAGGAGCUCGUCUGUUAAAGAGAGACAUUGAUGUUGAGAAGGCUGGUCUAGAGUUUGUACCGUACCAGCAACUGCAAGCAAUUGUUGCUGUUAAAUCAAGUGAGGAUGAAAAUGUUGCAAACAGCACAUUACAGGAGACCGAGGAAUGCCCAGUUGAAGACUUGGAAGAUGAUGACUCUGAGAGCUGGGUUAGCUGUGAUGACGACGAUCUGGAAUCUGACAGAGCGACUGGUGCCACAGAUGGGAUGACAAAUGUGGAGGGAGGGGCAGGAGCAGGCCCAAGAAAGGGAACCGAAAUCCGGUUCUUGGGCUUAAAACUGGGAGAAGGAGUGGGGACGUUGCUGGCACAUCGCAUAGCACUGUCACUGCAGUGCAGCAGGUGUAAAGUUACAGCAGACCUCUCCCUGACUGAAAAGCAGCCAUGCACAGCACAGUGUGAUAAAUGUAACAGUCAUAUUUCUGGGACCUUCCAUCCUAGCAUCCUGCACCAGUACACUACUGUGCUGGGGUAUGUAGACAUACAGGGUGCCGUUGCCAAGGACCUCAUUUUGCUGGAGUCUACGUUCAUGAUUGGCUGCUUAAAUUGUUCUCAUGAAGAGCCUUUGCAGAAUCUCACUUUUGGCAUCAUUAAAGACUUGAAUUGUCUGCACUGCCACAGCAAACUCAGCAUAUGUAUAGAAGCCGCCAUAUUACAGAAGCUUGAAAGAUACCCAAAGAAAGCCAGUGGUAACAAAGAUCUGAAUGGCUUUGGCAGGAAGACUAUAAGAGAUCCGUCAAUACAACAUGGGAAACCUCUUAUAGACAACGGCACUUGUAGACAUUUCCGAAAGAGCUGUCGAUGGCUGAGAUUUCCAUGCUGUGGGAAAACCUACCCAUGUGAUGUUUGUCACAUUGAAGCUGAAGACCAUGAGUCGGAGUUGGCUACACGCAUGUUAUGUGGUUUUUGUGCUAAAGAGCAGAUGUAUAGCAAUAGGAAGCCUUGCAUUUCAUGUGGGAACAUGAUGAAUAGGAACAUCAAUUCCAUACACUGGGAGGGAGGCAAAGGCUGCAGAAGCAAGGUGAAGAUGUCCAGGAAGGACAGACAAAAAUACACAAACUGUUCAAAGACUGUGUCACGGAAGACUGUAAGCAAGAAGUAACUUCUACAACAAUCCGUGUCUUGUGAUGUAAUGAUUUGGAUGAAAGGUGUGAUCAGAGCGCGGGAAUCGAUGGGUCCAAGUACAUACCAAAGAACGUAGAGCACUUUAGUAGUGACAUGAACUCAUCUCAAUCUGGCGAUGCAUCACCUUCCAACCCUAUGUCUGCAUCACUGCAUUUACUAAUUACAUUGCACUUCAUUAAAAUCUGUUCGGUAAAGACCGUAAUUAAAAUUGAGCUUCCUGGCCGUAGGUUGCCAGUAAUAGUAAUACUGAUGCUUGCUUACUGCACAUUUCCUCUGCAGUCUUUUCCACCUUGUUAUGGAAUGAAGCAUGGCAAUUCUGCAUUAAUUAGAAUUCUAUCCAUUGCUACAGCUUGAUUUCUUUUCUUGUAUGCUAUCCUCACCUUAUUUUGUAGAAAUUGAAACUUGAUUUACGAUUGACUACGUUAAUUGAAUUCUUGAUUCAGUCUAGAUUAACUGUCUAGUUUAGUAGCCUGUAACUGUAUCUCCGCAAGACCUCUAAACAGAUGUAGAUUUUUAAACAUAUUUUAUUGAGUUUUUAUUCAGGAAAAUGAGUACAUAAUAAACUACAAAAAGUAUAUAAGUCCUAAUUGGUGAAGUCGAUUUAUACAAAUCGAUGAGACUUGGAAGAAUAACCUGUCACAGUUGUGCCUUCAACUUCACUUCUGACAUAAAUCAUAAAUCAUAAAGUAGAACUAAAAUCCAUACUAACUAUUAACCAGCCCCACCUAACGGCCCUUGUACGCAAAGGCACUGUUUUUAUUUGUGGUGCGUCUCAUCAAAAGGGCUAAUUAAACCUAACUUUGUGAGCAUGGACAGCUCAUUGGUAAACCACUCUGGGGCGGAUGUAUUAACUUGGAGAAGGCAUAAGGAAGUGAUAAAC